GGCCGGGUGGUGAAACCCGUGUGAUGCAAAGCGCCGCUUAUCUCCCAAUUUCGCCCAACGUCCGCCUUCCUGAUGUCUCGCGCUGCUGCUCUGCUACAGGGGUCGUGCAGUAGCGAUACACAUCACAUAACGGACGGAUAGGAUGAUGGCUCCAUAUAAAAAGAGAGAGCUGCAGUCCCCGUCCCCUCCCUGGUUACCCAUCCAUCACCCCCACAUCUGCGCUCCAACAUGUUACGCCUCUCCUCCCUCGCCCUAGCGGCCACCCUCCUCUCCGCCACAACUCUCUCUUCCCUCGCCGCACCCACCCCUCCCUCCUCCGCCGGCCUCACCGCCUUCCGUCGCCAGCCCACUUUCACCACCCUCGGGCUCGGCGAUCCCGUCACCGCCUCCCUCCGCGCCAACGACACCUCGGCCGGCGAUGAUGACACUGCUGCGGCAUUGAAGUACCUGGCCGAGAAGACGGGCGUGGCUGUGGAGCAACUGGACGUCGUGGAGACGUAUGUGGGGAGUAAUGGGGUUCGGCAUGUUUAUGUGAAGGGUGUUGUUGGUGGUGUUCGCGUUGGCAACCAAGACGCGAAUGUGUCGAUUAAGGACGGCAAGGUGCUUUCGUGGGGGAGUUCGUUGCCCACCGGGCAGACUCUGCUUCCCGCCAAGGUCGACGAACCCGCGAACGGUGGGGUCAGUGAAGAGGACGCCAUCACCACCGCCGAACGCACCCUGGGUCUCAAGAGGACCACCACACCCACCACCCACCAGUAUGUGGAGACAGGCGAGGGCCGCUACGAGUACACCCACACCUUCCAGCUCCGCUCCGCCCCCGACGCGCCCAAGCUCGAGUGGGUUGAGGUCGACGUCUCAACCACGACCGGAAAGAUCGUCAGCGUGACCUCCUGGGUCGCGAGUGCAAAGUACACCGUUGCCAAUAUCAGAGGCGCGGGGAACCCGGAGACGGAGAUUCUGGUCAAGAACGAUCCUGCUAGGCAGGGGCCGAGUCCGUUGGGGUGGCAUAACGACGGGAAGGCCAGUUAUACGGUCACGAAGGGGAACAAUGCGUAUUCCCAGAAGGAGGGGGGACAGCCCGUCAGCGGCGGCGCCAACAACGAGUACACCAAAACCUACAGCUCUAAACAAGCCCCGGACUCGCAGAACAACGUGGAAGCGGCGGUAACCAACGGGUUCUAUGUUGCGAACGCGAUGCAUGAUCUGUUCUGGUUCUAUGGGUUUGAUGAGAAGGCCGGGAACUUUCAGGCCACGAAUAGGGACGGUGGGAAGGGGGGCGAUCCGGUUAAGGUUGUUGUGCAGGGGAAGGCGAUGACGUCUAAUGCGAAUUUCGGGACGCCGCCCGAUGGGCUGGAGCCUGUGCUCACCACAUUCGUCUUCACCGACACCCAACCCGGCCGCGACCCGGCGAUGGAAACCGACAUCAUGAUCCACGAAUACGGCCACGGGAUCUCCACGCGUCUCACGGGCGGCCCGGCCAACUCCAACUGCCUCGCCUCCGGCGAAGGUGCGGGCCUGGGCGAAGGGUGGUCCGACAGCCUCGCGAUGUUCAUUCAACGUAAAGCGUCGCACACUCGCAACACGGAUCUCGUCAUUGGCGCGUGGGCGACGAAUAACCCGAAGGGGGUGCGGUCGUACCCGUACUCGACGGAUAAGGGGCGGAACCCGUUGAUGUAUGGGACGUUGGGCGAGCCCGGGAAGAAUGAGGCGCAUGCGAUGGGGGAGGUGUGGGCCACCAUGUGGAAUGAGGUUUAUUGGAAUCUCGUGGAUAAGGCUGGGUUCUAUGACGAUAUCUAUAACGCCGGGCUGGAGAAGGGGAAUAUUGUCGCGAUGCAUAUUUUGAUAGAUGGACUGGCGCUGCAGCCGUGUAAUCCGACGUUUGUGGCGGCGAGGGAUGCGGUGCUGCAGGCGGAGAUGACGAGGUAUGGCGGGAAGUAUCGAUGUGCGGUUUGGAAGGGGUUUGCGAAGAGAGGGUUGGGGGUUAGCGCGAAGGCGGGCGUUUUCGUGAAUAAGGUGGAUGUGCCUCAGGGGUGUUAGAUGUGGGAUAGAAGGUGACGUUUCCGUAGAUGUUGGACGCCAUACACGUAGAGCUUAUGAGAGGGGCGGCGUACGUUCUUCACUAGAUGCCACGGGUAGAUAGAUACCGUACG